GACAUUCAAGAGGAUACGUAGCGUUUGUUUAUCAAAAUGUUCACUGAAAAGUUAUUUUUUUAUAAUUUUGUAAUUUUAAUAACUUUUUGUAAUGUUAAUAACGUUCACGCAAAGAACGCUGAUGAUUUAAAGCAAAAUUUCAUGCAUAUAUUAAUGGAGUGUGCUAAAGACUAUCCUAUAACUGGGGAUGAUGUUGAGCAAUUCAAAAAUAAGCAAGUUCCAGAUAAUGAGAACAUGAGAUGCCUUCUUGCUUGUGCAUAUAAGAAAACUGGAAUGAUGGACGAUCAAGGAAUGCUCUCCGUUGAAGGUGUGAACAAAUACACUCAGGAAUAUUUAGGUGAUGAUUCUAAUAAGCUAGAAAAGGCCCACGAUUUUACUGACGUCUGCAAGAGUGUGAAUGAUGUGUCUGUCUCAGAUGGUAGCAAAGGUUGCGACAGAGCCGCCCUAAUGUUUAAAUGUAGUGUCGACAAAGCUGCAGAGGCUCUGACGGACGAGCAGGUAAUGAUGAGAUACACAAAGUAUGUAAUGGCAUGCGCAAAGGGGAAACCGGUGGAAAUGACGGAUUUAAUGAAACUGCAACAAUUAGAAGUGCCCACAAAAACCGAGGUGAAAUGCGUCGUUGCAUGUGCCUACAGGCGCAUGGGAACUCUGAGGAGUGAUGGCAUGUUCGAUCAGGAGGCGAGUUACAAGUUUGCAGAGGAAUGCAAAGAAGGAGAUGAGAAGAGGCUGGAAAAUGGAAAAAAAUUGGCUGACAUGUGUCUCAAGGUAAACGACGAGGAAGUCAGCGAUGGUGACAAGGGGUGUGAACGCGCGGCAUUGAUGUUUAAAUGUUUGACUACUAACGCACCAAAGGUGAUUCUGUCACGCAUAUUUUUCAUGUAG